CAAGUUAACAACGUUACAAUUACUUCACUCCCUUACAGAGGAAACGCUUUGAUCCUUGCGAUUUCCUUCCUACAACCCCCCACCCACCAUGAAAUUAUCAGACCUUAUCAUAUUCAAGAAUCAUUUCCAUGGCCCCUCAUCUCUUUAGCACCACAGUCAUCUCCCUCUUCUUGAUCCUCUCCCUCGUCGUCGUCGUCGUUCCCGUCCAUUCCCUCUCCACCGUGUCGAUAUCCGAGACGUCGUCGAAUCAGACCCUGAUCUGUGCCUUGCAGAGCCUCCCUGAUAAUAAUAGGACCACUUCCCUCAAUUGUACGAGUUUCCCAAGCGGAAUCCAUAUUCCCCAGAUCAACAACACGAUUCCCUACUCGGGGAUCGUAUCGGGCGAUGGGUUUGUGAGUGCUCUGAUGUCAUGGUCGUCGGUUUCGGUCAUGGUGGUCUGGAGGUUCUCUUCCAAUGGGACUAACGUGGACUACAAGCAGAUCUACAACGGUACCGUGAUUAAAGAACUUGAGGCGGGGAACCACCACAUCUGUGGAAUUUUCAAUGGGACCGAUCGCCUUGGGUGCUGGCAGCUGCCGGGUUAUGGCGACACGGUCAUUAAUGUGAACCUGUCGACCGUCGCAGUGGGGAACGACUUCACGUGCGGAUUGUCAUUUGGCAGAGAAAUCAUUUGCUCGGGCAGUAACUCGAACAUCACUGACCACAUACCUGGGGGUUUCUACCGCUCGAUCGAGGCAGGGCCCAGGCACGCGUGCGCAAUCUCGCAAAAUAAUAGCUUGCACUGCUGGGGAGAUAUUUAUAAUGCAGAGGGCUCGGAGAAUCAUCCUGAAGGGCAGUUCACAUCAUUGGCCUUGGGAGAGAACCGAACUUGUGCUCUGAGGCUGAAUGAGACGGUCACCUGUUGGGGCGUGAACAACUUUGAAUUUGAGUUGCCGGCUGCAUUGCGUGGGAUUAGCUUUGCCACGAUCAGAGCGAAGCGGACUGUGUUCUGUGGAGUUUCGUCGAGCUUUUCCCUGUAUUGCUGGGGCAACGACUACCUGGACUCGAACCCUGUGGUGUUCGAGAAUGUAUUGCCUGGACCAUGCAUGAGCUCGUGCCCGUGUGCCCCAUACGCACUUUCUUCAAACUAUUGCAGCAAUGGAUAUCAGGUAUGUCAGCCUUGUGGAGGAGGAUGGGGCGAACCCCCAGAAGCUCCUAGCUCGGACCCAUCACCACUCCCUUCGCCACCACGGCCCUCGCCAGAACCGGGAGGAAUGAUGGAUGGCCAGAUGGUGGCUUUCCUCGUGGUGGGAUGCGUCGGGUCUGUUUCUUUCUUGUUAGUCUGCUUCUUUCUAUUGUUUAGAUACUGCAAAAAGAAGGUGAUCCGCAUCCAUGACUCUGGCCGACUGGAAGAGGCCGAGAAGGACCAUUGUUCGAGCCCUAGUGGUCCAGUGCAGCCAGUAUUGGAGAAGCGGCUUAGCCAUUUGGUUAGCGCGGGGAAUGGGGCCCAUUUGGAGGAGUUCUCUUUGCAAGUGCUCGCAGAGGCCACAGACAAUUUCUCUCAGGAGUUCAAGAUUGGGACAGGAAGUUUUGGGUCGGUCUAUUGCGCGAAGUUGGACGAUGGGCGGCAGGUCGCCAUCAAGCGGGCGGAGAUCUCCACAGCCUCACCGAAUAGAGGAGUUGGAGGUGUCAUGAGAAGGCAAGAAGACAGGGACAGAGCAUUCGUCAAUGAGCUCGAAUCUCUCUCACGGCUCAACCAUAAGAACCUCGUGCGAUUAUUCGGUUUCUGUGAGGACAGUGAUGAGCUCAUUCUGGUUUAUGAAUACAUGGACAAUGGCUCCCUUCAUGAUCAUCUCCACAGGCUUAGUCCCGACCACUCCUCAUUAAUGUCGUGGCCAGCACGUCUCAUGGUGGCACUGGAUGCAGCACGAGGCAUUGAGUACCUCCAUGUCUAUGCAGCUCCUCCAGUCAUUCACCGGGACAUCAAAUCAUCAAACAUACUGCUGGACUCAAAUUGGACAGCCAAGGUUUCGGACUUCGGGCUCUCCCUGUCAGGCCCUGAUGACGAUGGAUCCCAUCUCUCCCUCCAUGCUGCCGGUACGGUUGGGUAUGUCGAUCCAGAAUACUACAGGCUCCAGCACUUAACUCCCAAGAGCGAUGUGUAUAGCUUUGGUGUUGUACUGCUCGAACUGCUGUCAGGAUACAGAGCGAUCCACAAGAAUGAGAAUGGGGUCCCAAGGAACGUUGUGGAUUUGGUCAUUCCGUACAUAAUAAGCGAUGAAAUUCACAGGGUGUUGGAUCCGAAGGUGCCUCCCCCGACCCCUUUCGAGAUAGAGGCCGUGGCAUAUGUAGGAUAUUUAGCUGCAGAUUGUGUGCGCUUAGAAGGUAGAGAUCGGCCAUCAUCGACCGAAAUUGUAAAUUGCCUAGAAAGAGCUCUCACUGCGUGCUUGGCGCAGCCGGCAUGCUCCCCCUCAUUAACUGGCGAUCACAUCGAUUCAAUUGUUGUCGAUACAAACGGUUCAUAAUCAAUGCCAAUAGAAGAAAAGCAUAAAUCAUCAAUUUUA